AUUAGGGAUUCUGUACAUUAUUUUUCUAUUCCGUAAUGGUAGAUCAGAUGACAAAAAUUCAAAUGGAUAUAUUUCCCUCCUAAUGCUAUUUAAAUCGGAUUCAAAUAUUCGAUGACCGCUGCCAGUUGAUAUUUUUACGUUCACUUAAAAUGAAAUAAGAAACUGAUAUAAUGCCAUAUUAACUUGUAAAAAUACGAAACAAGAACAGACUAUUCAUACAUAAAUUGAACAGUGCAAGUGAAAACCAUGAUUGUUUAAGAAAAGGGGUAAUGACUGAAAUUUUGAAAGUAUCUUCGUUCUGGUUCAAAGUAAUUUGAUGACAAUAUAUGAUCCCUUAUAUUAUAUUUUGAAAUUUCUGGUUUUUCUUAUAAAGGUUGACUAGAGCCCAAAAACUUGAAAAUGGGAACGAUAUCGAAAUAUUCUUUAACAAUUUUUGAGAUUUUGAAUGAAGCUUACACCGCAGUUGGAGCAGGACUUUUUGGAAUGGCUAAGUUAUUGGUUGAUGGUUUUGAUACAAAUAACUUCUUAAGAACAGCAGUAAUGAUUGGUUUAACAGGAUCAUGUUUACUAUAUGUUUUGCAUAACACAGAAAAAAUAACACCAACAUCUAAAAAUGUGAUAUUUAUCUCAGGAUGUGACUCUGGUUUAGGAUUUUCAUUUGCACAGUAUAUGGCAGAUUUAGGUUUCACUGUGAUCGCUGGAUUUUUGAAUCUGAAGUCACAAGGAGCCCGCAUAAUCAAAGAGAAAUAUUCAGAAGAUCAGAUUGUUCCUGUUCUUUUAGACUUAACAGACUCAAAUAACAUAACUGAAGUUGUGAAAUAUGUGGAAAUAUUUUUAGAUGCUAACAAAUAUGAUUUAUAUGCUGUCAUAAAUAAUGCUGCAAUAAUGGUUUUUGGUGAAUUUGAAUGGCUUACUCAUAAACAUAUUUCUCAACAACUGAAUAUCAACUUACUUGGGCCUAUGAUAAUGACGAAACAAUUUUUCCCUUUAUUGAGAAAAUAUAAAGGUAGAAUUAUCAAUAUAAGUAGUCACUGCAGUAUACAAAGUCUUCCCGGACUUUCUGUUUAUGGAGCUACCAAAUACGGAUUGAGAGGUUGGAGUGAAGCUCUCAGAUUAGAAUCAGCAAAGUAUGGAAUUAAAAUAGUAAAUUUUAUUCCUGGAUCUUUUACUACACAAAGUAACAUAAUGGCUAAUCAACCAAAAUAUGCUGAUGAAAUGUAUAUGGACAUGUCUAAAGAGCAAAAAUCUUUUUACGAUCGAUAUUUUAGAGAUUACCACACUUACUUGAGUGUCAUUAAACCCCCAGUAGAAGUUAAAAAAGUUCAAGAUCAAAAACUUUAUGAAUUAUUUGAAGAUGCUCUUUUAAAUAUUUCACCAAAAAUUGUAUACAAGAAUGAGCCUUGGAGGUAUUUUGUUUACCAUUCAUUGUUUUAUUGGAGUCCUGUUGUGAUCAAAGACUAUUUUGUUGAAAAAUUUAUGCAUAUACCAAAGUACUCAAGAUCAGAAAUGGAUAUUAUAGCAUAAAUUACCAGAAAUUUAUACUGCAUUUUUGAAAUUCAAAUUAUUUUUAGAAUAUAUUCUAUGCAAAAAUUAACAUAUUGUGUGAAAUUCGAUUGGCUUUUGAUGGUUAAUUACCACUACAACUC